CACAACCGAAAAACUUCAGUAGCUGUUGUUUUGCCAGCCAAUGAGUUGUUCUACGCUAGUAAUCAUUCAAGGGAACUCUGUUCUCCCGCGAAACCCAAAGCUCAAAUCCAAAAACUCCCUCUACAGAAGAGAAGUAAUCUCUGUGUCGCAGAACUGCAAACACAUUAACCAAGUACGCUCUUUACAUGCUAAGAUUGUACGAAAUGGCCAAGAACAAGACGCCUUCAUCGUUUUCGAGCUUCUUCGUCUUUGCUCCAAGAACAACUCCAUUGACUACGCCUACAACAUCUUCCGACGCGUUCAAACCCCAAAUGUCUAUCUCUACACUGCUCUCAUCGAUGGGCUUGUUUUGAAUGGUUCCUACUUUGAUGGGUUUCGCUUAUAUUGUCGUAUGGUCGAUGAUUCCAUUGUCCCUGAUAACUAUGCUGUCACCUCUGUUCUCAAAGCUUGUGGAUUUCAGUUGGCUCUGAAACAAGGGAGAGAGAUUCAUGGCCAGGCAAUAAAACUUGGGCUGUGUUCGAAUCGAUCGGUGAAGAUGAAGCUCAUUGAGGUUUAUGGAAAGUGUGGAGAGUUUGUGGAUGCACGACGUGUGUUCGAUGAAAUGCCUGAGCACGAUCUUGUUGCGUCGACCAUCAUGAUGUCUUCUUGUUUUAGUUAUGGACUAGUCGAAGAGGGAAAUGCUAUUUUUAACCGGCUUCGGACUAAAGACACAGUUUGUUGGACAGCCAUGAUUGAUGGGUUGGUCAAGAAUGGGGAAAUGAAUUGGGCAUUAGAGCUUUUUAGGGAGAUGCAGAUGAAAAAUGUGAAGCCUAACGAAUCUACCAUUGUUUGUGUUUUAUCUGCUUGCUCACAGUUGGGAGCAUUGGAACUUGGACGAUGGGUUCACUCGUACAUGGAAAAGUAUCAAAUCAAGCUUAAUCAUAUUGUUGGUGGUGCGUUGAUUAAUAUGUACGCAAGAUGUGGUGACAUCGAUAAAGCACAGAAAGUAUUUGAUGAAAUGAAAGAGAGAGAUGUCAGUACAUACAACUCCAUUAUUACUGGACUUGGCAUGCAUGGGAAGAGCAUUGAAGCCAUUGAAAUGUUUCAGGCAAUGAUAAAACGAGGGUUUAAACCAAAUAGCAUUACUUUUGUUGGUGUCCUUAAUGCAUGUAGUCAUAGAGGAUUGGUGGACUUGGGUUUUGAGAUAUUUCAUUCUAUGGUUAAAAACUAUGAGAUUGAACCACAAAUGGAGCAUUAUGGAUGCAUGGCUGAUCUUUUGGGUCGAGUUGGCAAGCUCGAAGAAGCUCACUCCUUUAUUCAGAGGAUGAAAACAGGCCCUGAUCAUAUUAUGUUGGGUGCUUUGUUGAGUGCUUGUAAAACACAUGGAAACCUUGAGCUAGGGGAACGAGUGGCCAAGACUUUGCUGGAUUGUGGGAAAGCUGAUUCAGGAACCUACGUUCUUCUCUCGAAUGUUUAUGCUUCAUCAGGGAGAUGGAGCGAAGCUGCGAAAGUGAGAGCAGAGAUGAAGGAAGGUGGAAUCCAAAAGGAGCCAGGUUGCAGUUUGAUUGAAGUGAACAAUGAAAUUCAUGAGUUUGUUUUGGGAGAUAUAAGACAUCCCCAAAAGGAAGAAAUCUACAAUAAGCUAGAGGAGCUUGAGAAUAAGCUGAGAUCAUCAGAAGGGUAUUUGCCAGCGACAGAGAUGGCUUUGCAGGAUGUUGAGGAUUGGCAAAAGGAAAGGGCUUUGGCAAUACACAGCGAGAGGCUGGCCAUCUGCUAUGGUCUAAUCUCUACAGAACCCAACACCACUUUGAGGGUUGUGAAGAAUUUGAGAGUAUGCAAUGACUGCCAUUCGAUGAUCAAGCUUAUCACUAAGAUUUGCAAGAGAAAAAUUGUGGUGAGAGAUCGAAAUAGGUUCCACCAUUUUGAGAAUGGGGUUUGUACUUGUGGGGAUUAUUGGUGAGAAAACAAAAUUAUAGGGAUGUAUAUGCCUAUAUUCUCUAUAAUGUAAAUACUUUAUAUCAAACCAAUUUUAGUUUAGAGGUUGAUGCAACAGCAUCUCAUUAAUGCAAGUACUUGUUAGUACUAAAA